AUGGCUCUUUGUGAAAUUAUUCUAAAUAGUUCAGCUGCAAACACAUCUUACUUUGAAGUUACAGCUUGUUAUAACAAGACUUUACCACGUAAUAUAAAUAAACCGAGAGUAGUAGAUGUUACUAUUGGAUCAGUAGUCCAUCUUUGGUGCCAUUAUUGUGACAGUAAUGGGAAUUAUUAUCCGAAAUGGUGGUUUUACAAACCAAGAGGAGAAGAAAAUCAAAAAGAUUUACUGAGAGAAAUUUUAAUGCGUGAUUUAUCUGACAAGGUGUCAAUAACUCCAACUCACAAAUUAAAUAUUUAUGAUUUUAAUUUAAAUAAUUCCGGAAUUUAUACGUGUAAAUGUUCAAGUAUAUUAAAAAAAGAUAAUGUUUUUUUAUAUAUUCUUGAAGGUAUCAUAGAAGUUGAUGUUGCUUCCAAAGUUGGAACAUCUAGUCAGUGGCAUGAAUACAAAAAAGCUUAUCUUUUUCCUAUAAAUAAGAAAUUAAAAGAAUCCAAAGAAGAACCUUUUAGGUCCAUACGAAAUGUUUUUAAUAAAACUUUUAAAUUGGCAACUGUUUGGGAUAAUUGGAGUGAAUGUAAAGAAAAUGAUCACCAGAAAGGUGUACGAAAAAGAUUAGGCAGAUGUCGUUUACAGCCUAAUGAGAUUAGAAAGAACUAUGACUACAAUUUUGGAGUAAGUACUUCUGUUAAAACUGCAAAGUCUAUGCUAUCCGAUGGUUAUGAUAUCGCGUGUCGCUCAUUAGAACUUAACAAUACGGUUCCAAAAUUAAGUGAAAUCACUAGAAAUAUUCCAGAAUUCGAAGAAGAAGAAGCCUGCAAUUUUACAAAAGGAACUGCAAAACAUAAGGUCACUAAGUCAAAGAAUAAAAACAAAACUAUGAAACAAGUUGAAGAAAAUGGUCACGUAACACUUACAUGUACUGAUGCAAAUCCAAAUUCAGAAUUAAAAUGGUUCAAAGAUACGAAAUUACUAAAUUCUCUAUUCAGAAAUAAAAAAUGCAAGAAUGAAGAGGAAUCAUCUCACAUAUCAGUCGACACUAAUAAUUCACUACAUAUUUUACACAUCACUAAAAAAGAGGAAGGUAAUUACUCUUGUCAGUCAGAUGACAAAAAAGUACAAGAAUUCGAAAUAAAAGUCGUAUCAAAGUCGAAGCUGCUAAAUCAAGAAUUUAUUCGAUAUUCAAUUUAUUUAGGAUUUGUACUUUCACUGGCAAUGGCGUGUUACUGUGCAGGAGUUUGUAUUGCUUUUCAUCGGAGAACAUCGUUUGUGGAUCCACUUAGUAAAAACAGAAAAGGCUACGAGCACCACCGUUUUCAUUGUGAAAGGGAGAGUUUGCUUAAAUAA